GGGGCGCGAAGAAGGGAGGAGAGGCGGGUCUGGAGCCCCCCCGCUGCCGGCGGCCACAGGGCGGCUGGACCAGGAGGUGUGUGUCCGGCCCAGGACGGGAGCCCCAAGCCAGGGAGGGGCAGAGGCUGGGCCUGAGGCCUGGGCCGGCCACUGGGUUAGGACUCGGUUCUCGCCGGAAGGAUGAAGAGUUGUCUUUAGGGAUGACAGCGUGCAGGAAAGGCCCAUCAACUGAUCUCCUCGCGACUCAGGCCCACAGCACCGCUCAGACCCCACACCACCCACUCUCACUGCCUAGCCUGUGUCCCUACUCUUCUCUGAGGUCUCUCCUAAUUUUCCCGUUCCACAGGACAGGGACUUAGAAACAGUGUUCCCUUUCUGUCUGGUGACAGUGUUUCCCUCCCUACUGUAACCUGUCCUCAGGUCCAUCCAACCAUCAUGGUCCCCAGCCUGACAUGCUUUCUCACCCUCUUGCUUCACCCAGGGCACCCUCUGCCUCUCCACCCUACCCCCAACCUCCUUUGUCUUGGUUUCCUGGUCACCCCCACACACCAGCAUCCUCCCAACCAUCCCAGCACCCUCCUUCCUAAUCUUGGGAGGCAUCUCAUCUGGCUGAACUGGAGAAUUCCGGGAUCUAGGCCAUACUUCUUAGCAGACAGCCCCAUCCUUGGGAGGAGGAGCAGGAGAGAGCCUGAGGAAGAACGAGGGGGGGGUGUGUGUGAUGGGAACAAGGUCAGGCCAGGAGGCCCCUGAGGACAGAGACUGUGGGGAGACCGGGACUGAGGGGAAAGCAAAGGAAUUAGAGCAGGGGCCAAAGGAAGAGGGGGGAUAGGGGGAGGUAUUUGCGGGGGAGGUUCAGCAGCUGUCUUUCCUAAGACAGGGCCACAUGGGCCUGGUUAUUCCUCUUGUCACAUGUGGAGUGGUAGGAGAUGGAAGAGGCAGAAAGACAGGGCAAGCAAAGGAGGGCAUGGGCACAGAGAAAAAUGGGCGUAGCUGUUUCAGCAACAGGGUGCCAGCGGAGGAGCAUGGCUUAACCCAGCACACACACCCCUCACCUUGAAGUCCUCUCAAACUGUCCAGACCCUUUCCCCACAACACUGACACCUGACAGGGUCCUUCUCGAAUACAAGCAAUAUCCAUAUUCCCACUUGGAAGGGGGGAACAAGACACGACCAGGAAAGAAAGGCAGCAAAGCAAGAGCCUUACUGGAUUUCAGCAGCAGGUGUGGUAUCCAGGGAAAAUAAAUUUGGACAGCCAGGAACUGAAAAACCCACCAAUCUAAAACCAGACCUCUGUGCCUCUUCCCCAGGGACAAAAAUGUCCUGCCAGGUUCCUCCUGGAAAAAACCUCAGUUCCCCUCCUAUCUCCUUCCCAGCCAAGUCCCAGGUUUCCCGUCUUCUAGGAAAAGACGGAGCCCUCUAUUCAGAUCUUCCCUGUGGUGUGUGUGGGUGGAGGAGCUGGGCUCCGAUAGUGGACCAUGGUCCAGGGCAGGGGCUCCAGGUCCAGCGCGGGUGGGAGGAGAAGGCGUCACUUCCGGGGGCCCUCGCCAGUGUCUGGUGGCUCCCUGCUCUCUGAUUGGGCAGAAGUGGCCAGGGCAGGCGUGUGACCCCACUGCCGUGGAGGGGCUAUGCCCCACAGCCACUUGUCUUCCUCCCCAUCUGCUCCCCAGCGUGCUGCCUGCUCUGCACCUGGGUCCUGGAGCCCUUCUCCACCCGGUGAGUGGCAAGCAGGGUUUGGAGUUAAGUGAGGGUAGGAAGGACUGGAAAGAGGAAUUGGACUCUCAGCUGGGGGAGGGGUAGGCAAACUGGAACCUACAGGCACUGACCUUUGUCGAGAAGAGUAUAGCCUUCCCAGAAUGGGAGGAGCAGACAGAGCAGGGCAGGGGGUGGGGUGCUGGGUUCUGAGGGACUGAUCACAGACUUGGAAUACCGCACAGUCCUGGCCAGCCCCAAGGAAAGGGGACAUGGGCCCAGGGAGAAAUUAAGAAAGGAGGUGCAUUUAGGGCUUAGAGAACACAGCACCAAGGUGGACACAGCCCCAAUCCCCAUUCUAACCCAGCCACUCCUAGUUAGCUUAAGGUUCUGAAUCCUGGGGCUGGGGAAGCUGGGUCAGGCAAGCGAGGGCCCAAGGAGAGGGUAAUGGGAGGAGGGCUCAUGCAUGUUGACAGACCUACAGGAAAUCCCAAUAUUGAAUCAGGUGCAGGGCUCUUUGCACAACUUGUGAAAAAAGGAGGAAGCCAUGUGGGGGGUCCUGUGAAGGAACCGGAAGGGGUCUGCAGAGGGGGCAGGGAGGAAGGUGCAGGCUCUGAGACAGAUAUGGUAGGUGUUUAAGGUGAGGGAAGCCAUGUAAGGCGGGUGCCUCACUCAGCAGGUACCCAUUCCUGGGCAAUUUGCCUCCGGAAGGAAGUCCCAAGACUGUUAACCCAUCUCUUCACUUUAGGAAACCCAGUAUUUCAGAACUUGGAGUGCAAAGAAAAACUCCAAGAGGCCUUAUGUAGGGGGGUGAAUAGGGAAAGAAUGAGAGGUUACCUUCUCCCACACCGCCUUCUCUUAAUCUUUUCAUCACCAACCUCUAGUGGUCCAGUUUUAUUUUUGCCCAAUUCCCCUCCUCAACCCGACUCCCCAAGCUACCCUUGAGCACACUGCACAUAGGUGCCAGCUCCUCAUCCUGGCCCUACCGCCUUUUCCCCUCUCUUCUUCAGGCUUGUGCCAUAAUACUCCCGUUCUCUAUCGCCAUCCCAGAUUUUCUCCAACCAAAUAACCAAGGUUGCUCAGAAUUUGAGGCUAAUUAAGAUGUGUAUGUGUACAUCCAUAUCCUGUCCUGCUGCUCUCGGAAGGGGGCAGGGGCACCAAACCCAUGCCAGAUUCACUGAGGAACCCUGACAAAGAGGAGACACCAUGUUCUACACUCACAAGAAAAUGCGGAGCAGUCAGAGCUUGAGCAGUUCUAGGCUGGUCAGCAUCUCAAGCCCUCCCAGCCUCUGUUCCCCCAGCCAGGUAGGCUUUUCCUUGAAACCCGAUUAAAUGUUCAUUAUUCCUGUCACUUGCAGGACAGAUUCCAGACCCUCUUCCUCGGCCCACCUGUGCCCCACCCCACUCUGCCCAGAAGUACAAGAGCCCAAGCCGCCUCCAUGGCCCCAGGAAGGAUUCAGGGGAGAGGCCCCACACAGGGAGCCACUUCAACCAGACAGCCGGGCCAGAAUGGAGCUGACUGAACUGCUCCUCGUGGUCAUGCUUCUCCUAAAGGCACAACUAACUUUGUCCAGCCCGGCUCCUCCUGCCUGUGACCUCCGACUCCUAAAUAAACUGCUUCGUGACUCCCAUGUCCUUCACAGCAGACUGAGCCAGUGCCCGGACGUUAACCCCUUGUCCACACCUGUCCUGCUGCCUGCUGUGGACUUUAGCUUGGGAGAAUGGAGAACCCAGACGGAGCAGACCAAGGCACAGGACGUUCUGGGAGCAACGACCCUUCUGCUGGAGGGAGUGUUGGCAGCACGGGGACAACUGGGACCCACUUGCCUCUCAUCCUUACUGGGACAGCUUUCUGGACAGGUCCGCCUCCUCCUUGGGGCCCUGCAGGGCCUCCUUGGAACCCAGCUUCCUCCACAGGGCAGGACGACAGCUCACAAGGAUCCCAAUGCCAUCUUUCUGAGCUUCCAACAACUGCUUCGAGGAAAGGUGCGCUUCCUGCUGCUUGUGGUAGGGCCCACCCUCUGUGCCAAGCGGGCCCUACCCACCACAGCUGUCCCAAGCAGUACCUCUCUAUUCGUCACACUGAACAAGCUCCCAAACAGGACUUCUGGAUUAUUGGAGACAAACUCCGGGGUCUCGGCCAGAACUACUGGCUCUGGACUUCUGAAGAGGCUGCAGGGCUUCAGAGCCAAGAUUCCUGGUCUGCUGAACCAAACCUCCAGGUCCCUAGACCAAAUCCCCGGACACCUGAACAGGUCCUUGAAUGGAACUCAUGGGCUCUUUCCUGGACCCUCACCCAGGGCCCUAGGAGGCCCAGACAUUCCUCCAGGAACUUCGGACACAGGCUCCCUGCCACCCUACCUCCGGCCUGGAGACUCUCCUUCCCCAACCCAUCCUCUGAAUGGACAAUACACACUCUUCUCUUCGUCACCCAUCUUGCCCACCCCAACAGUCCAGCGCCAACCCCCACUUCCUGACCCCUCUGCUAUCAUGCCCAGCUCCCCCAGUCCUCACCUAAUUGCAGCCCACCCUCACUUCCAGAAUCUGUCUCAGGAAGAGUAAGGUACUCAGGCACUGCCAACCUUCGGCAUCGUCUUCCAUGUAAUAUCCCCUACCCGGAGGAGGGGCCCCAGACUUCCUGCUUUCACCUGACACCCAAAGCCCUGGGAAAGGGGGAUACACGGGACAGACAAAGGGAUCGUUUUUCACUGUAUAUUAUAAAACUUGAGAAGCUAUUUUUUUAAGCUAUCAGUAAUAUUCACCAGAGCAGCUAGU